CUCGCGAGGACGUUGUGUCCUCUCUUUUGGACUUGAGCAUGCUCCAGGCUCGUCAGGAGCGACUCACCUUCCAUGUCGCCGCCCUGCGUCGCCUUCUCGCCAUCCUCUCUGACUGUGAUCGCACCCUUCCGAUCAUCCCCGUACGGCUGGGGACCUCCACGAGGGUGUACUCUGCGCUGUGGGAUUCCGGUUCUCAAGGCGACUUCAUUCACCCACGUGUGGUGAAAGAAGCCCGCUUACCCACAACCGGGUCUCCGACUCCCAUCUCUGUCACCCUAGGGGAUGGCAGGACCCAGCGCUUCUUCAAUCAGACGGUCACCGACCUCCCUUUCUUCCUCACUCUCGAGACGACUGAUCGUCCGCCGACGUCUCGUCGCCACCACUCCUCUGCACAUUUCGAUGUGAUGGAGACUGGGUACGACUUCAUUCUCUACACUCCGUGGUCUCGUCGGUUCCGCAACACCGAGGCUGAUUGGGCGACCAACACUCUCGUUCUCAAAACGAAGUGUGGACAGACGUAUCGUGUACCUUUCAUAGGUACCACUACGACACCACGCCCCGAUCUUCCUCCCCCGGAGCCUUCCGUACCUACACCAUCUCCUUCUAUCACUGUCACUUCGCCUCGGCAGUUCGCCCACUUCAUCGGACAGGACGACGUCACCUUCUUUAUGGUGAACGUGACUGAUCUCUUACACUAUGAUCCACCCUGUCCCGACGCCGAGCUCAUCCCUCUGGAGCCAGAUCCUUCUUCUAUCUCCAUGGCUCCCAUCUCUACUUUCGUCCCUCUGCCGUCCGUCGCGUCCACCCCGCCGUCGAGCGUUGACGCUGACGCUGAGGAACAAGCACGAUAUACGGCUGACCUGGAGCCCGCAGUUCGUGACCUCAUUCGAGAGUACCACGACGUUUUUCCAUCGUCGUUCUCGUACGCUGACAUCCCACCGAUGCGCGACGUCGAGCACUCCAUCCAGCUUGUGCCUGACUAUCGUGUUCACCACCAGGCACCCUACAGACUUUCGAUCCCCGAGGCCACCGAACUCAAGCGUCAGCUUGAGAAGUUCCUAGGAGUGGGUUUCAUUAAACCCAACAACUCCCCGUGGGGUGCACCCAUCCUCUUUGCUCGCAAAGCGGAUGGAACUCUUUGUCUCUGCAUCGACUACCGCGGUCUCAACCGCUAUACGGUUAAGAACAGCCACCCCAUGCCUCGUUCCGAUGAGUUGUUCGACCGCCUAGCAGACAACCGCUUCUUUACGAAGAUUGAUCUUCGUAGCGGUUACCAUCAGAUCCGCGUCGCUGCAGCCGACCAACCGAAGACCGCGUUCCGAUCGCGCUUCGGCCACUACGAGUUUACGGUGAUGCCAUUCGGCCUCACCAACGCACCCGCUACCUUCCAGAGGCCGAUGAACGACAUCUUCAGGGACAUCCUAGAGCAGUACGUUCUCGUCUACCUCGACGAUAUCCUGGUCUACAGUCCUACCCUUGAGGAGCACCUCAAACACCUCCGCGACGUCCUUGACCACUUGCGCAGACAUGGUUUCUACGCCAUGUUGAGCAAGUGUCGCUUUGCCCAGCACAAAGUGGAUUUCUUAGGACACUACGUGUCUGACCAGGGUCUCCACAUGGACGACGCGAAGAUCACUGCUAUUGCAGAGUGGCCCGCUCCCACAUCUGCCAAGCAGCUUCGCAGCUUCCUAGACCUGACCAGCUAUUAUAGUAACUUCAUCCAGGGAUACGCUAGUGCACAUGAGGUCACCGACAUCGUGUUCGACCGAGUCGUGCGUGAUCGCGGCUUACCUAUGAGCAUCAUAUCUGACCGUGACCCGCGCUUUACCAGUCGAUUCUGGCGACGACUCCACGAGGUUUACGGCACCCAGCUCCACUUCUCCUCGUCUUACCAUCCUCAGACUGAUGCUCAGACCGAGAUCACGAACAGAACUCUCGAAGAUAUCCUCCGAAAGAUUGUUCGUGACGACCAGCAGUGGGAUAUCCAUCUUGCCCACGCGGAGAUAGCCUACAACCACGCCGUCUCGCCAGCCACAGGGAUGUCGCCUUACUAUUGCGACCUCGGCUAUCACCCUCGUGUUCCCGCAGACUUCCUUCGACCGUCACAGAUGCACCUCGAUAUGAGUUGUCCCUCGCUGGAUGAUUGGGUUGCACACAUGACAUCGAUCAUGAAGACCGCACAUGAGCACAUAGCCGCUUCCCAGACUCGCAUGGCAGCACGUACGAACCGAUCGAGGAUGGAUCAUCAAUUCAAAGUCGGUGAUGAUGUGCUUAUCGACACCCGCCACUUACAGCCCGAAGCGGACACGCUUCGCAAGUUUCGGCGUCGCUUCUUUGACCCAUGCCGAAUUCUCCAGGCCGUCGGUUCUGAUACGGCUUCUAGCCCGGUCAGCUUCCAUGUGAAGCUGCCCGACUACCUAUGCCAGGCUCAUGUGCACGAUGUCUACCACGUCUCGUUACUGCGUCCUUACCGCAGACCAUCUGAGCGUUUCGCCGGACGACCAUACGAGCGCCCUCCACCCAUCAUGGUGGACGGCCACGAGGGGUUCCUCGUUUCAGACAUCAUUGGUCGAGUCACCGACGACAACCCUCCCCACGACGAGUAUCUGGUAUGUUGGAAGGGUUACCCUGAUGAGGAGGCCACCUGGGAGCCCCUCGAGCACUUGCAGCACGCUCGCAUGUUGGUGCGUGCCUAUGACCGUGCUCGUCGUGCUGGGUUCACUGCUCCUCCUCAGCCCACUGACCCUCCUCCUUCUCCUCCGGUUGAGGAGACGGCUGAAGUCGAGCCUGCUCCAUCUGAGGCAGACCUUCAGCAGCAGCCGGAUGCUUUUGAGCGUCCACAGCGCACUCGUCGUCGUCUUGCUCGAUACGACGAUUGACUCUGACUUACCUUCCCACGUCCUUGACUUCUCAGUACUUCAUCCACUCCAGUUUUGCUACGUCAGCU